UCCACCUAUCAAAAGGUAUUUUAUACUUUUUAAUUUGUCUACCAUGAAUAUAAUAUUGUAUCUAAAUUAAUGGCUCUAAAACGAAUCAAACGGGAAUUACAAGAUAUCAGGAGAGAUCCUCCAUCACAUUGCUCAGCAGGACCACGGGGGGAUAAUCUUUUCCACUGGCAUGCCACUAUAAUGGGUCCAGACGAUAGCCCUUAUCAAGGAGGCAUAUUUUUCCUGAACAUACAUUUACCAAAAUCUUACCCAUUCGAACCACCCAAAGUCGUAUUCAAAACAAGGAUAUAUCAUCCAAAUAUAAAUAGUACUGGUAUUAUUUGCCUUGACAUCCUUCGUUCGAAAUGGUCUCCGGCGUUAACUAUAUCCAAAGUGUUGCUGUCAAUCUGUUCGCUUCUGUGUGAUCCAGACCCAAAUGAUCCUUUGGAGCCAAACAUUGCUAGGAUCUACAAUACAGACAGAGAAAGGUAUAAUGAACUAGCUUGCGAGUGGACAAGGAGGUACGGCAUGUAGGAAUUACUAUAUGGCUGUAGGACAACCCUAUUUCUACUGCCCUGUUACUGCUUCAUUAUAUUUAAUAUUGUAAUUGUAAUUAAUAUUACCAGAGGGUUAAUUAUGUCGAAUUAUUAUUAAUAACUUGUAUUCAAUAGAUUAUAAUCUACAAUUUCGAAAUUAUAUACAGAUCAUUUCACAGUUGCAAUGUUGGAAAAUCAUACUAAUUAGAUUGUUCAUAGAAAAUUUCAACUCCAUUGAUUGUAAUCUGUUGCAAUAUAGAAUUGUUAGUAAUAGGGUUACAUAAUUAAGCCCCAGCUGUUGAAUCCUUUGUAAUUGAUACUAAUAUUCUAAAAAACAGUAUGUUCAAAAUGAAACCAUCACAGUAUAAAAAGAAAUGAAAAGCUGUUCAUAAUUAUUAUAAAACAAUUAUUUAGAGUUAAAAAUUGCCAAGUCAGAUCAUAUAAAUGUAAUUUUUUUAUUAAAAAAAUAUUAUUUAAUGUAUUUUUUGUGGUCACAUUAGUUAUGUAAGUAGCUGUCGGAUGAACCAAGUAAAAAACAUGAUUUUUUUAUGCAUGCAGUAUACAGAUCUAAUUCAGAAGAACUGGCAAGAAACAUAUAUUUCUUAUAUAAUGAGGUGUUUCUCUCUAACAUUAGAAUUUAGACUUGUUAUUUAAGUAAUCGUUUAAUGAGUAAUAGAAUUUCUCAAUGAAGAGAAUUGAAGAGUAUGAUUGGAUGCGGAACGAAAUCCAAUGUCGGUGGAUCGGAAUUGGAUUUCAGAGUAGACAAGCAGAAGAAAUAGUUCUCUGCUGUUCCAGCAGGCGAUGGUACGACUCGGCCGGUGAUUGUUAAGUACUAUUUCGUUCUUGAAAUUUUUACUGCAUCCUGAAUACAUUCAAUAUUUUACUUUUCUCUUUUA